GCAGCCAUAUGCAAUGGUGGAUGUAAUAAUGUGCCGGCCGGUGUCUUGGCAAUAGAGACGUUAAAUUUAGCGGUUGAACCGUCUCUGUUUGAGUUUGCUGAAAUAGUAAGUACUACAUCGAGAAGCUUUUCAUUUGCAACGUCGUUGGUUCCCCGAGUCUCCAUCCUCUCGGGAGAACAACAUGGGUGAUCUGACGAAGACAUUUCUGUACGCCUGGUGUGGGAAGCAUAAGGUGACGCCUGAGUACGAGUUCAAGAACACUGGACCGAGGCAUCGACAGAGGUUUCUUUGUGAGGUUCGCGUUCAAGGCUUCGAUUAUGUCGGUGCGGGGAAUUCGACCAACAAAAAAGACGCUCAGACGAACGCUGCUCGAGAUUUUCUCCAGUAUUUGGUUCGGAGCAACCACGUUGCACAGUCUGAGGUCCCCAUUGAAAUACCGAGUGGUGGACCACCUGCUUCGAGCAACCCCGAUGCCAACAACAGUGAGCAACAAGAACCUCCUUCAAAUGAGAACAAGCCAAUUUUACCUUACCAGCAGGGACCACCGGUAUCUUACUUGGACAGACUGGCCGAAAAACGAAGGCUUGAAGAGGCAGAGGACUUGGACAUGAACUCCGGCAUCCAUGGCAACUGGACAAUUGAUACCGCAAAAUCAAGGCUGCAUCAAUUCAUGCAGAUGAAUAAGAUCAAUGCUGAUUAUACUUACAGUGAAGUUGGACCGAGCCACAACAAGACCUUCUUUGCGGAAAUGGCAUUUUUCGUGCGUAAGCUGAACAUGAGAAUUCAGGCAAAAGAGCAAGGCUCUAACAAACAGAUGGCAUCAAAGUCAUGUGCCUUGUCUCUAGUGCGUCAGCUGUACCAUCUUGGUGCUAUUGAAGCCUACACAGGAGUUGCCAAGAAGAAGACAGAAAGCAAGCUGGAGCCCUAUCAAUUUACCUUGCCAGAAGAGGUGGCUGCAGGGUUGGCUGAGGCCAUUAAAGCUUUGAACAUUGAGACUGUACAUGUUCCAGAAAACGCUGAAAGCAUGACUGAACCAUUCUCACUGAAAGUUCCACGGCAACUUGAGGAGGAACAGGUGGUAGCCCAACCUGUGCCAGGAGGAGUUGUACCAUGGUCUCCACCACAGCAGAAUUGGAACCCUUGGACAUCUUGCAACAUUGACGAGGGUCCUAUGGCCACUAUGACACUUCGACAAAUCAGUGAUGAUAUUCUUAACAACUACAAUCAGCAGGUGGACCAUGACCCACAACUAAAAAAGAUGUUGGAUGAACGUUACCAACUUCCAGUCUACAAUUCUUAUGAUAACAUAUUAGAUGCUAUACACCAGUCAUCAGUAGUCAUCAUACGAGGUGCCACAGGCUGUGGAAAAACCACUCAGGUGCCACAGUAUAUACUGGACUCAUACAUAAAUCAAGGGAUUGGGGCUGAGUGCUGUAUCGUUGUCACUCAGCCACGCAGAAUCAGUGCAGUGUCUGUUGCAGAGCGAAUUGCUGAAGAACGAUCGGAACAGCUUGGACAAAGUGCAGGCUACAGCGUUCGUUUUGAAUCUGUGCUACCACGCCCCUAUGGAUCCAUCUUGUUCUGCACAGUUGGUGUCCUGUUGAGGAAGUUGGAAGCUGGUCUUCGAGGAGUGUCUCAUGUCAUCAUUGAUGAAAUUCAUGAACGAGAUGUCAAUACUGACUUCAUCAUGGUUGUCAUAAGAGACAUGGUGCGAGCAUUCCCCCAGUUGCGUGUCAUAUUAAUGUCUGCUACCAUCGAUGUAACAUUGUUCCAGUCAUACUUCGAAAAUUGUCCUGUCAUUGAGGUUGAAGGACGAGCACACCCUGUUCAAGAAUUAUUCUUGGAGGACUGCAUUGAGCUAGUCAACUUUGUACCACCACCAAACUCAAAAAAGCGCAAAAGGGAUGAAGAGGACAUCGAGACAGAUGAACCCGAUGAGAACCUAAAUAAAGUAAUAGACCCAAGUUAUAAACCUUCAACAAAGAUGGCCAUGGCUCAAUUGGAUGAGAAGACCUUGUCAUUUGAAUUGAUUGAGGCAUUACUUCUUCAUAUCAGAGGCAUGCAGGAGAAAGGUGCUGUGCUAAUAUUCCUGCCUGGCUGGAAUUUGAUUUUUGCCCUGAUGAAGCAUUUGCAGCAGCACCCCACUUUUGGUAGUUCCCAGUACCAAAUCUUGCCACUGCACUCACAGAUUCCCCGUGAAGACCAACAUAAAGUCUUUAGGCCAGUGCCUGAAAAUGUGACAAAGGUGAUUCUUUCCACAAACAUUGCUGAGACGAGUAUUACCAUCAAUGAUGUAGUAUUCGUCAUUGACUCAUGCAAGGCAAAAAUGAAACUUUUUACAUCACACAACAACAUGACCAACUAUGCCACAGUGUUUGCUUCAAAGACAAACCUUGAGCAACGUCGUGGUCGCGCAGGACGUGUUCGACCAGGUUACUGCUACCAUCUCUGCAGCAAGGCACGCUAUGAAAAGCUGGAAAACUACACCACCCCAGAGAUAUUCCGUACCCCUCUUCAUGAACUGGCACUUGCAAUCAAGCUUCUUCGCCUCGGAGAUAUUACGAAAUUCCUCUCGAAGGCACUGGAGCCUCCACCUAUAGAUGCUGUCAUUGAAUCUGAAGUUCUACUGCGGGAGAUGGGAGCUCUGACAGUUAUGGGUGAACUUACAGCGUUGGGAAAGAUCUUAGCGCGUCUUCCCAUUGAACCUCGGCUUGGCAAGAUGCUGAUUCUUGGACUCAUUUUUGGGGUGGGUGAUGCACUCUGUACGAUAUCAGCCAACAGCAGCACAUUCCCAGAACCAUUUGACACGCCCUUCCCCAAGCGGCUGGCAUAUGUGCAGCGGCGCUUCUUUGCUGGACGCUGGAGUGACCACAUCACACUUCUUAACGUGUUCAAUCAGUGGGAGCAGGCUCACAUGCAAGGGGAGUAUGCUGAGGGCAGCUUCUGUGAACAGUUUUCAAUCUCCAUGCCCACACUGCGCAUCACUUAUGACGCUAAGAAUCAGCUCAGGGAGCUCUUGAUGAGCGCUGACUUUCCUGAGGCGGUAUUGGCACCUGACGCAUACAACUUCUGUGGUCUGGACCCUAAGCUGGAUAUGAUUGUGGCUUUGCUGGUGCUUGGCCAUUACCCCAACAUUUGCUAUCACAAAGAAAAGCGUAAAGUGCUCACCACUGACAAUAGGUCAGCCCUCAUCCACAAGACUUCAGUCAACUGCACCAACCUUCCAGCAUCCAACAAGUUCCCAAGCCCAUUUUUUGUCUUUGGAGAAAAGAUCCGCACAAGGGCAGUGUCCUGCAAGCAGAUGUCGAUGAUAUCACCUGUUCAUAUCUUGUUGUUUGGUUGCAAAAGAGUGGAAUUAGUGAAUGGUGUGGUCCAGGUUGAUGGCUGGAUCAAUCUGAAGAUGGAUCCCCAGGUUGCCGCCAAUAUAGUCUCUCUGCAAGUGGCUGUGGACAAUGUCAUUAAUGAUGUCACCAAUGACCCUGGGCUUCUGACACAACCUCCAGAUGAUUUGGCAAGGAUAAUCAGUACAAUCAAGAGCCUUUGUCGUUUUGACUCCAUUGUAAUUGGCACAAAGGAUGCAGAUGUCACAGAGUCGCUUGGUGGAAGUGCACAGCCUGUCAAGAAGAUGCCACGAUUGAGCACUGUUGGUGGAGGACCGAGUGCUGGAGCGGACCGCUCCAAUGAUUUCAGGGGUGGCUUCAGAGGAGGCUUUCGUGGUGGAUUCCGAGGUGGCUAUGGAACUGAAAACAGAGGGUACUCAGGAUUUGGAGGCAGCUACGACCGUGGGCGGGGCUAUGGUUAUGGCAAUGGGGGUGGCACAGGUUACGGGAGCUCUGGUGGCUAUGGCUACGGGAGCCGUGGUGGUUAUGACAGUGGAAGUCGUGGUGGCUAUGGCAGCAGAGGAAUCUACCGGCCUGGAGGAUACAAUGGCGGAUUGCAAGAAUCCUCUGGAUGGGGUGGCGGCCGAGGUCGGGGAGGCUUUCGUGGAGGGUGGGGAGGCUACUAGAGCAUACCUGGGUUUUUCAGUGCAUUAGUUUUCACAAGGUUGCAUCCUUUAUGAUCAUGUUCAUUUUCUUAAGGCAUUGUUGGCACUUUGUAUUCAUUUGUUGUCAUUGCCUGUAUUCACCAAUAUCAGUAAAACCCUUGUGCACAUCUGAGAUCGAUCUUUUAAAAUAAAGAUACCAUUUCCUUC